CUACCUUCCCAACUCUCGACGUUGCUCCACUCCGCUUCGAAGUUGCACCCAAAAUCCUCAACAAGGGAAAGUGAGAUCUUCUCCGAAUUACCCGACAAUGGUCGAUGUGGACCGGCGGAUCGCCGGCAUAACCCCGGCCCACGUGGCCGGCCUCCGCCGUCUCUCAGCCCGAGCGGCCGCCGCCCCUUCCGCCGCCGCCUCCCGGAACGGCCUCCUCUCCUUCUCAUCUCUCUCCGAACACGCCAUGGUCCACCUCCGCAACUCCGGCGUCCGGGUCCAACCCGGCCUAUCCGAGGCCGACUUCGCGCGAGCCGAAGCCGAGUUCGGCUUCUCCUUCCCUCCCGACCUCCGCGCUGUCCUCUCCGCCGGCCUUCCCGUCGGCCCGGGGUUCCCGGAUUGGCGCGCCGCUGCCGGCCCGGCUCGUCUCCACCUGCGCGCCUCCCUCGACCUUCCCGUCGCCUCCGUCUCCCUCCAAGUAGCCCGCAACGCGUUCUGGCCCAAAUCCUGGGGCCCGAAGCCGCCCGACCCGGAAAAGUCCCUCCGUGUCGCGAGGAACGCCCUCAAGAAAGCCCCCAUCUUGAUCCCGAUCUUCAACCAUUGCUACAUCCCUUCCGCUCCGUCGCUCGCGGGGAACCCCAUCUUCUUCGUCGACGAGCAUCGGGUCUUUUGCUGCGGGUCGGACCUCUCCGAUUUCUUCCACCGCGAGUCGCUCUUCCGGAGCUCUGAUUACGAACCCGAAGAAGAAGAAGCGCUCCAGAGGCAGAGGUCUCUCGGGGCGAGGAGAAGCUUGGACGGCCGCGGUGGCGGAGCAGGGAGGUCGACGAGGUGGGUCGAGUUCUGGAGCGACGCCGCCUUCGACCGCCGUCGGAGAAUCUCGUCGUCGUCAUUGUCGUCUUCCUCGUCGCCGGAGAGGUUCUUCGACUUGCCAACAGAUACCCAGUUCCCCAAUUGGGUCGACGAGUACAUGGAGCGAAUCGGGUCGGUCUUGAGAGGCGGAGGAUGGAGCGAAUCGGACGUAUCGGAGUUACUGGAGGUCUCCGCGUCUGAUGAAUUUUUCGGGGAAGAGAUGGUAUUGAUGGUGGAUCGUCAGGCGGUCCUCGAUUCUCUGCUCUUGAAAGCCGAUCGGUUCUCGGACCGCCUCCGGAGGGCGGGUUGGAGCUCCGAAGAUGUGGCGGACGCUUUUUUCGGGUUCGACUUUCGACCGGGGAAAGAGAAGAGACCGGCCAGGAAGCUGGCGCCGAAGCUCGUUGAGCGGCUCGGGCGACUGGCUGAGUCGGUUUCCCAGUAGCUGGCGGUGGAUGGGAGAGAGAUUCCUCUUUUCAUUUUUUCUUUUUUUUUGGUUCUUUUGACCUUUUUUGACAUUUGGAUGGCUCGAUUGCGUCAUGGUGUGGAGACACGUGGCUUUGUCAAAGUGAGUGCUGAUUACACGAUUGUUCAUACACUGUUUUCCAUGAUUAAAGACACUGAAUCUGUUUUUCC